CAAAGAUAAAGAGAAGCAUUGCUCUUUUCUGAUCAACUGAUCAACUUAUACACUUCUUAACAAUCUAAUCUUAUCCUUUGUGUUUCAUUAAUUAGUUUGCUUUGAAAUACUUUUCUAUUCUAUUUACAAUGUUUCAAUUUCCUUCCUUAAACUUUGGAAAUUUUGGAGGGAUGAAUUUUCCUCAAAAUAACCAUUUUGAAGACUAUUUCAGAUGCUAUCCCAUAAUAAUGAUGCCUGAUUCCUCAAGAAAGGACUCAGCAAACUACGGUGGAAAAAUAUUUCUACCUUCCAGUGCCCUAGAUAAAUUGACAAGAUUAAAAAUCAGAUACCCAAUGUUAUUUGAACUACACAAUGAAGAAACUAAUAGCAAGACUCACAGUGGUGUUUUGGAAUUCACCGCUGAAGAAGGAAGAGUUUACAUUCCAUAUUGGAUGAUGCUAACUUUAAACAUCGAAGCUGGUUCAUUGAUUAAAAUUUCCAGUUUAAGUGAUUUACCCUUGGGUUCUUUUGUUAAAUUAGAGCCUCAGUCAGUAGACUUUUUGGAUAUAUCAAACCCAAAAGCCGUUUUAGAAACUGCCCUAAGAAACUUUUCCACUUUAACUGUCAACGAUAUAAUCGAAUUCAACUAUAACGAUAAUAUCUUUAAAGUCAAAGUAUUAGAAGUCAAACCAAAAAGUUCAUACAAUGGUAUUUGUGUUAUUGAAACUGACUUGCAAACGGAUUUUGCGCCUCCUGUUGGUUAUGUCGAGCCCGAUUACAAAGCUCUUCAAAAACAAAAAAAUAGUAGAAAUAAUAAUUCACUAAAUAAUCCAAACAGGAAUGUAAUGUCCAAAAAAUUAAACUACGCUUCAAUGCUAAAGGAACCCUCAAAUGGCUCUUCAAAUCCCAACCUCCACAAGUUCGAAGGUCAAGGCCACAAAUUAUCAAAUAAAAGAGCAAGAAAUUCAAGAAGUAGAAGAAUAAGCAGCUCAAAUACUAAUCAAAAUAAAAAAUCCGAUAAUUCUAAAGAUGCCAACUUUGUUGAUUUGGAUAAUUUACAAUUGGAUGAUGUUCCAUCUCCUUUAAGAUUGCCUGUUGGUCAAUUGUUUUUUGGUUUUGCUAAGAACGCUGUUAUUCAGAAAUCUGAGUCUUGAAUAGCCACUAAAUAAAUAUAUCCGUAGAGUAUAUUUGACAUAUAUAUAAAUGCAUUAUUUAAUUUUGAUCUUUAUUCCAACUUUAUCGCUUUAGUAAUCGACAUUUUCCG